GAGCGUUAAGUGAAGAAAGCAAAUGAAAUUCAAAAGCUAAAAUUCAGAUUCAAUUUCCCGCCCAAACCAAAAAAUCGAAUCCCUCCUUCAUUCCCCCAUUUCUGCAUUCUCCAAAUUCAUAUCCAUCACUGAAAUCAAAUCCCUCUCCACUCCAAAUCCAGAUCUCAACAUCCCCUCAUAAUUUUCAUCUAUAUUCAUUCCCAUUUCAUCCGAUCAUCACCGGCAAACGCCACCGAUGUCGGCUCGCCGUCUCCGAGAUCGCAGCGGCGGAUCCGCUGCCAUUAAGCCCUCCAAACCUGUAACUCCGCUCUCAUGUUCCAAUCAAAAGACUAAUUCCGAUUCAUCCUGCAGAUUUUCGUCGGUGGGCAAGGAGAAUCCGAAGUCCACGCCUAAGCUUCCGAUGAUGGCUCAAAAGCCCUCGAUCCGGGCCGUGCCGCGAGUGAACAAGGCUGCGGUAAUCGCUGUUAACGACGGCGAAAGUCGUGCUCGGUGGUCCACGUCUUCGGUUCCGAGAGGUAGGAGCUCUAGUCCUUCUGAGUUUAUUAGGGGUUCUGUUGACUCUCGUAGGGAGCGGAGGGUUUCGGUUGAUCGAGUGAGAGGUUCUGUAGGGGAGAGUUAUCAAACGGCUGGGGGAAGAGGUUCGAGCGUUAGAGGUUCUAGUGAUAAAACGAAAGUAGGAGUUAAGGAUCUGGAUGUGAUGGUGGGAGGAGGAGGGCUAACUGGAUUGAGAGUUUAUAGGGAACUGAAGGAAAAUGUAAAGCUUCGAGCGAAUAUGGACGGUAAGAAUCGGAUUUCUGAAGCUAACCAACCGCCUGAUGAGGAGAAAAUUGAGGGCAAACCACUGGGGUUUAAGGUUUCGGGAAGACAUAGUGGGGAAGCCAUUGACGAUGCUUUAAGAAGCGAUGGAAAUGGUAAAAGUUCAAUCGUUCCCGAGAAAGUACAGAGGGUUUCUAUAAUUAACGAAGAAGAAGAGGAGAAACCCAGUUUGAAAUCUGAGAAGAAAGAUUUAGAGAUUUUCAAAGAGGGAGGGCAAAUUGGAGGAGAGGGGACUUCAAGCUGUACGAGUAACAAGUAUCCGAGCAAGCUCCAUGAGAAGCUUGCUUUUCUGGAGGGUAAGGUAAAGAGGAUAGCAUCGGAUAUCAAGAAGACAAAGGAAAUGUUGGAUUUGAAUAACACUUCCUCGUCUAAGCUAAUACUCACAGAUAUUCAGGAGAAGAUUUCUGGGAUUGAGAAAGCGAUGGGACAUGGUGCAGCUGGUUCUGGUGUGAAAGUGGGAUUGACGAGUAAAAACGAUAGAGAUACCAAGAUGGUCUUAAAGGAUGAAACUAAGGAAGCAGAUGUUAACACUUCUGUUAAAGGUAUUAACACGAAGGAAUUGGAGGAGAGACUAUUUCCUCAUCACCAAUUGCUCAGGAAUCGGAUGUCAAUGAAAUCAGCGUCAGAUAGCUCAAAGAGCAAUGAUGUUCAUGGCGUCAAGGUUGAAGAUAUGCCAAUUGAUGAGAACCCAAUUGCUUUGGAGUUUUUGGCUUCUCUGAAUAAGGAGCAAACAAAAGUUACCAUGAGGAGCGAACAAGUUGGUAUGGAGUUUUGUGAAGUCCAAGAAAUGGAUGAAAAUACUUCUUCAGGAUUGCGAGAAUCAUCAACCCAAUUCAAGGGUAAGCAAGAAGCCGAAGUCAUUCUCACAAGCGAUGAGAUUCUUGAUGAUUUUGAUGAUCGCGAGAAUAAACAGGGAGGCCUAAUAGGAGAGGAGACAGAUGAUACUAGCACCUACCAGAUGAAUGAAAUAGGCACCAAAACCUCAACAGGUGGAUGGUUUGUGUCGGAGGGAGAGGCCGUCCUUCUUGCUCACAACGAUGGCUCGUGCUCAUUUUACGAUAUUACUAAUACCGAGGAGAAAUCUGUGUACAAGCCCCCAGCAGGUAUCUCACCCAAUAUAUGGAGAGACUGCUGGAUAAUACGUGCCGCUGGAGCAGAUGGUUGCUCUGGAAGAUAUGUGGUGGCAGCGUCAGCUGGGAAUACGAUGGAUGCAGGUUUUUGCUCUUGGGAUUUUUAUAGCAAGAACGUACGAGCUUUCCAGAUUGAGGGUGCAAUGACCUCUUCAAGGACGGCACUUGCUCCCUUACCCCAUAACAUUGUGCAAAAGCGAUAUGCUCCUAGUUAUAUGCUGGUACCAGAAACGGAACAAUGGUGGUAUAAGCCAUGUGGGCCUCUGAUUAUUUCAACUGCUACCUGUCAAAAGACUGUAAAAGUUUUUGAUGUCCGUGAUAGUGACGAAAUUAUGAACUGGGAAGUGCAAAAGCCAGUGGCAGCAAUGGACUAUUCUAGUCCCUUGCAGUGGAGAAACAGAGGGAAAGUAGUUGUAGCAGAAACAGAGGCAAUAUCUCUAUGGGAUGUUGCUUCUACAAGCGCUCAGGCAUUGCUCUCUGUUUACUCACCCGGUUGCAAAAUUUCUGCUCUUCACGUGAACAACACAGAUGCUGAAUUAGGAGGAGGGGUUCGACAAAGAAUAAGCUCAGCAGAAGCAGAAGGAAACGAUGGUGUGUUCUGCACAACAGAUUCUGUAAACAUUCUGGACUUCCGCAGCCCAUCAGGAAUAGGCUUAAAGUUGCCAAAAGCUAGCCUCGGCGCACAGUCAGUUUUCUCUAGAGGAGAUUCUGUGUACGUUGGCUGUUCCAGUGUCAGGCCAGGAGGGAAGAAGCAGCCUUCUUCAGUGGUACAUCAAUUCUCUAUUCGUAAACAGGGCCUCUUCUGCACUUAUGCAUUGCCAGAAACCAAUGCACACGUCCAUCAUACAGCAGUAACUCAAGUUUGGGGGAACUCAAAUCUUGUCAUGGCUGUCUGUGGAUUGGGGCUAUUUGUAUUUGAUGCCUUGAAUGAUGAUGUCUCACAGUCCAGCUCUGUUGAUCCUGAAGGCACCCAAGUGGCGGUCAAGGAAGUUGUUGGUCCAGAUGAUUUGUAUUUGCCUUCUUUCGAUUACUCGACGUCUCGUGCGCUUCUCAUAUCGAGGGAUCGCCCUGCAUUAUGGAAACAAUUGCCAUAGGUACGUAAUUUAAGCUGCUGGUCAAAUGCUGUUUGGCUUGAUCUGUCUUGAAAAGCUGUAUAAGAUGCUUGUGUCUUUUGGUGUUCUAUGUAAGAUGGUAGAGCAAUAGUUCUCUCUAUUUAUGGUUAAUGAGAUUGUGUUUGUUAUUGCCUGGUUUUGCGUAUGGAUGUUCUUUCAUACAUAAAAGAGAUGAAGUUGUCCAAGUUUUUUGAAA